CUCAGAGAUCAAGCCAGGGACGCGCAGCUCGCUCCUCUCCUCCUCUCCACUUGGAUAUUAUUCGUCUGACCGAAGGCCGCCUCCAUCAUCAACUGACAGCCCCUCUCCUAUUUAUUUGCUUAUAAACCUGUUACAAUAAAUGAUCAUUGGAGCAACGUCAGCGCAGCUUUUUUAACAACAACAGCCAGCACUUUUUGAUGAAUGACAAUUGGCUGCUGGCGGGAGGACGCGCGCGCUACUCUCUUCCAUGUUUCUUUUCUUUUCUUUUUUUUUUAUUAUUUUUUUGUGCGUCUUGCUUAUAAAAAGCUUUAGAUACAGUUAUUCAGGGAGGAUUUAGCUCUGACACAACUCAUUGGUGCUGCAGCAGAGUCUGUUUUUUUUUUCUUUUUUUUUUCUUCGCCCCCCCUCCUCCAUCCCCUCUCCUUUUUUUUUUUUUUUUUUCGUGUUGCGUGGCUUUAAUGAUGGAGAGGAUAAGAAAGGAGAUGAUAUUGAUGGAGAGAGGUCUGCACAGUCCUGUGGCCGGGAAGAGGCUCGCAGACGCGCCGGGGAACUCGGUCCUGGAGGCCCUGGAGAACUCGCAGCACGGCGGGCGGCUGAGCCCGAGAAUCACUUCCGCCUCCCUGCACGGGAGCCUCGGGGACGUCCCGACGAAGGGCAAGUUCGAGAUCGACAGUCUUUUCGGCACGCACCACGGCAGCGAGAGCAACCCCGGGCCGGAGAUCUCCUCGUCGGAGAGCAGGAAGAAAAUGAGUCUUUACUCGGAAGUUUCGCAGGAAUCCGACAUCAACAGCGAUGUGGAGGUGGGAUGUCCUGCGCACCGCUCUCCAAGCCAACACAAAGAAAACAACAAAG